UUGCAUGGCAGCAGUUGACUGAUACAAGGUAGGCUCGAGUGUCCAGCCGGUCAUCUCCCCCCGCGGCGGAGAAAGACCAGAUACAAGGUGACUUUGCACAUUUCUGGCUGUUGGGUCAGUGCAAUUCUUCGGACAAGAGCGAAUCGUUUGGUGUGACUCUCGUCGUUGUAGCUGCUUCGAGUGAGGCGCUAGCCUGGCUGACAAAAGUGAAAUGUGAAAUGUGAAAGAAUAAAUCGGGUUUUUUUACUUGCCGAUAGCUGGCUUCUGAGGCGCUUAGUGUCAGCGGUGAUAGUCUGGCUACCAUUAGGAACGUUUGAAGUUGAGCACUACGUGGGUCCAAGAUCUUUGUAAUGAGUUCUGAGAGAUUCGGUUCGGAUGCGUUGGGAUACUUUUGUAUGGGGCGCCAUUUUAGAUUCUUCGCAUCCCUCAUCCCUCCUCCUACAAAGUGAUUAGUUAAUGAAUAGUUGAUAGUUGUGGUGGGAGUGAUCUUCUCUGACAAUUAGCCCACGGACGACUCCAACGAGUAGAGUGUAGCCAAGUUUACAUGAAAUCGAUACCACAGUGACACUCAGGUAUUGUGUACUGGAAUUACAUUUGAAAUGCUCUCUUUUAUGAGCUUGCAGUGUAGAUUACACGUCUUUCUUAUCAACGUGGUCCCUAUAGAUGGGCGUGGUAGUCCUCACGAAGGUCUGCCCACGCGAGCUACCGACCGCAAUUAUCAAGCCCCUUUCCACGUGAAGUUGCUACCGCAGAGCGUCAACAAAUUCUUGAAACCCUCGGAUGGCCGAUUCCAAAGUAAAACAGUCAGGUUUGCAAGGCGGAUUGCUACGAGGUCACUGGAAAGACCUCCUGGCUGUUCUCCGGUCGAAGAACAUUUGUGUCCAUGUCGCCAACCACUUAUACGCUCACGAAGACCUUCAUAUAGACGAGCUAGAGCAGAUAGUGCAAGACAACGAUAGAGCACAAAUUCUGCUAAUGAUUCUUGAACGGCGCUCGACAAGAGAAACCGUAGUUCGAUUUGCAGAAGCCUUACGGACAACACGAGUCAGGGACGUGCGGAAGAUUGGGCUCAAACUGCUAGCAGGAAAGGUCGGACAAAAGACAUCUAAAAGUGGAAGAGUUAUCAAGAAACCACGACGUUUUAAAAAUUAUGUAACUGACAUCUAGACAACAACUUUGUUACAUACAGUAGAUAAUAUAUGAGACAUUGAAAUGAAUGAGUGGAGAUAAUUGGGAUGCUAGAUAUCCCCUAGUACUUGAGGUUCAUAUUAUCGUAAAGUGCCUGGAGUGUUAGCUUGUUUACCAAACUGUUGGUAUUGAUACUUGAAUAAAAGGGAUUCUCCUAUUGCCCAACAUUUUCUUCAA